ACACCACACCCUGCUUUGGGUCCCAGUGCAAACCUUGCCACCCUCCUUCUGAGUCCUCAGGAGCCAGAGUAGACAGAGGCUGAGGGAAACCCUCUUGGAGUGACAGAUCCUUAAAAAGCCAAACCUGGGAACCUGCACAUAACCGCUCGCAGUGGAGGAAGUGACGAAGGAAGAGCCGACCAAAGUCUGUGUACAGGAACAGCCCUGACUGACACCAGACCACCUCUGCUCACUCUCCACAUGUUCUUCCCUGCAAAAUGCAUGAAGAAAGCUAACUUGCCAUCGCAGCUGCAUUUGAUCUAUGAGAGGUUACUGCGGGCAGAACAUCGAGGGGAGGUCUUAUCACAAGAGCUGCUUAAAGUGCUUGGUCAACUUCAAAACCGCAGCAUUGCUCCAUCAAAUCUCACAAUCAGCAACUCCUCAGCUUUAUUAGAAGAGAGGGUCCUUCGGCACUUGUUGCCUUCGCAGCCUAAUGCCUACAUCUACUUGCCUCACCUGAAGGAGCACGUGGACAGUCUGAAACCCAUCGUUCAUCUGGGGCAGCGACGCACUGGAGUGUCUCUGGUGUUUGGAGUACCAACCGUGCACAGGCAGAAACAGAGUUAUCUAGUGAACACACUCCAGUCUCUCCUAUAUGACCUUUCAACUGCCGAGAGGAAAGAUAUUGUCAUUGUAGUCUUUGUUGCCGAGACAAAUGCAACAUUUGUGAAUGCUGUUGCACAGAGUGUACAGACCAAUCUCCCAGAUGCUGUCAGUUCCGGAGUGAUAGAGGUGAUCUCUCCAUCUCCUCACUAUUACCCAGACUUAAGUAACCUGAAGGAAACGUUUGGAGACCCCAAGGAGCGAGUCAGAUGGAGGACCAAGCAGAACCUUGACUACAGUUUCCUCAUGCUGUAUGCACAGUCUAAGGGCGCAUACUACGUCCAGCUUGAGGAUGAUAUUGUAGCAAAGCAAGGAUUCUUUGAGUCCAUGAAAAAAUAUAUAGAGCAGGUGCUUUCCGAGGAGUGGCUUUUCCUGGAGUUUUCCCAGCUGGGAUUCAUUGGCAAGCUUUUCCGCACAUCAGAUCUGCCAAUGAUUGUGGAGUUCUUCCUGAUGUUUCACAAAGACAAGCCAAUUGAUUGGCUGCUCGAUCACAUCCUGUGGGUUAAAGUGUGUAACCCAGAAAAAGAUUUAAAACACUGCAAUAGUGAGAAGGCCCAACUGAAGAGAGUUUACAAACCCUCCCUGUUUCAGCAUGUUGGUUUGCAUUCCUCACUGCCUGGUAAAAUUCAAAACUUAAAGGAUAAAGACUUUGGAAAUCAAGUGCUGUUCAAAAGCCACUAUAACCCACCAGCAGAACUCAGCAGCAGUCUGGAGAAAUAUCAGUCUCACACUCUGGAGAGAGCUUACAAUGGAGAAGACUUCUUCUGGGGCCUCACACCUAAAAGAGGAGAUUACAUUCUCAUUACUUUUACCACACCUCAAGCUGUCAAAGGGUACUUUUUUCGAUCUGGCAAUAUUGAGACAAAUGGUGACAGGUUUUACAACACAACAGUGGAGGUGCUCCCUAAUAAUAACUCUGUGAAAGAGAAGGUCACUAGAGGAGAAUUAGCCUGCUGUAAACCCUCAUCCGAUGGCUUUGUUCAGAUAGGUUCUUUCAAGAAUGGAGUGGCUGAGGGAGAAGUGGAUGGAGCACUAGGAGAAAUAGCAGCCAUGCGACUCCUGGUUAACUCUGAUUCUGAUGUCUGGGUCCUUCUCAGUGAGAUCUUUAUUAAAGUUUGAUGAGCUGAGGAGAGAGGAGAAAUUUGAUCCACACGGUAACAUGUAAUCCCUCCUGCUGGAGGAACUUCCCUUUGCUUGAAGGACUGUUAUUGCAGUGUGCCAUCUUGAGGUGAAACAUAAUACUAAAUUACAGGAUGUUUCCUCAUCAACGUGAGAGCAAAAAAAAGUGUUUACACUGUUGUUUAUUGUGGACCAUGAAUGUGUUGAUUUAUUCAUUUUUCUAAAUUAUUUUAUUUAAAUUAUUGUUUUGUGUUGUAAAAAAAAAAAAGGACCACACAAAUGGGAUUUGACAGUGUUUCAUAUUAUACUGAAUUACUGAAAUAUUUGGCUUUGUCAAUAAAUGCCAGUAAUACCAAUUUACAACUUCUGCUCUUAUAUUCUAUUUUUAUUUUUUCAUCCCUAGCAUCAUCAAGUGGAAUUGCAAAAUUAAUUUUAAUAAUUAGAAAAAGACAGACAGAUAAUCCCGACAAGUGCUACUGUAUAAGACUUGAUUACACUAAAGUUCACACUUACUAAGAACAUCAACCUGCCAAUGAAUCAAGCCAGAAUAGGAAAUGUUUACCAUAAAAAUGUACACAUUUCAGCUUUAAUUCUGGCUUUGCAUGUUUAAACACUAGUUGAUUUGUCCUUCCGAACACCUUUGGUAACCCUGUGAAAGAGGGAGAUACACAUUCAGUUGCAGAUUCACAAUUUAAAGCAAGGGUGGAGGAGAAAAAGGCAAUGCUACUCUAUG